AUGUGGAAUGAUGAGAAGCUCCGAACGCUGUUCUCUCGCCUCAUCCAGCUGAAAGUCUUGCUGUUUGCCAUCCUUUUGUUGGUCUGGGCGGACAACGUGACUAUUCCAUCGACUCUUGAGUGGCUGGAGUUCUUUGCUGGCAAUGCGGAAGUCAGCAGACAUGUAAAGGCUUCUGGAUAUCAGAGCUUCAAAGCAGAUAUCCUUUAUGUGCAGCCCGGGCAGUUCAACCAUGCCAACUUUAUGGAUCUAUUAACGCCAGUGGGGUGCGCGAUGGCUGCAGUGAUGGCGAGUGUCCAAAACAACGUGGUAGUAUGGUUCGGACUGCUGUGCUCCAGCUUUACGCGUGUCAACCAGGGCACAAGCAAGAGAAGCUAUUUGGUGCCACUGGGGCGAUUCUUCGGCUAUCUCGUGGUAAGCUUCGUGGCUGGAAGCGUCCCGCAACUGGUGCCAGACAUUGCCACCAUGUUCAAGAACCUGGAUUUCGAUGAUGUGUGGAGUGAGGGCAAAAUGUCCGACGUUAUCUUGUAUCUCCGUGGCAACAAGACGAUCGAGAUGAACAGGGCCACGACUGAGGUGAGAUGGGUCACGACAAACGAGAUGAUCAAGCACGGCUACGAUUCGUCCAAGAUUGAGCAUAUCAUUUCAAAAGAGAACGUCAAAGUCAAAGAUGAUGGUAAUGGACAGAAGAUGUAUCUCUUGCAGAUCCAGGCUGGCACCAACGAGCUGCGUGGAAUCGUUGCAGAAUGCAACAAGAUGCCUCCCCCAAAGAAGACAAAGACGGAGGCACAGAAUGUUGCUUCUCCCAAGAAGAACCUGGAUCCAAUGUUCGCCGAGACUUUGCAAGCCCCGCGGUCUGAAAAGUCCCAAGAAACCUCAACCUCCAAGCGUUCCCGCCAGAGCUCUACGGAGUUCAAGCCUAUCAAGAAGGAUCAGGGAGACCAACUGGCCGCCCUGCAGAAAGAGCAGGCAGAGCUUGCGAGGAAGCAAGCUGACUUGAACCGCAAGCUUGAACUGCUGAAGCAAGGCAAGGUUCCAGCUCCCAGCACCCCGAAGCCAAGCAAACCUGCUGCCCCCAAGUCAAGCGCAGUUCCGACUGAGCCUGGGUCGAGCGCAGCAGGGUCUUCAGACGAGGAGGCCAGCAACGCAUCCUGUGGCGAGGAAUGCGAGGCUGAUGACUUCGGUUUGGGUGUUGUUCAUUGCCCAAAGACUGGGCACAAGAGUGGGAAGGUACCGGGUGGAGAAGAAGCUCAUGAGCUCUACAAGGACCUCACGAAACGCAAUAGCCUUGCUAAGCUCAUGGUAGAUGCGAAGUUCAACAAGGCUCGGAAGACGAUCAAGAAGAUCGUCGAGUUCACGAGCAAACAUCCCAAAAAGCUUCAGCGGAAGUGGAAGUACGAUGAGGCUGUCAUCCAACAUUGGGUGGAGACCCGAUCGUCAGGGCAGCUGAUGACAUUGCAUGAGGAGAAGGAGAAACAUGAAACUUCACAUGAAGGUGAUGCUAUGCCGACCCUUGACUUGUCCUUGGACAACGGGCCUGGCGACACCGAAGAUCGCCCAAGCGAAGCUGAAGCCCCUGUUGAUGUGGCUGGUCAUGAUCAGGAUGUUCGUGGCAGCCUCGAAAGGGGUUGGGCAGAGAUGCUGAGCAAAAUCCACCGCCUCCGCGAGCACGCAGACAUCUUCCUCAACCAGGAUCCCGAGCCCAGCGACCUCCACAAGAGGCACGCAGAAUCUCUCAUGAAGCACGCGGAUGCUAUGGAGCAGCACUAUGACAAGAUGUUGAAGACGGAGAUCCAGAUUGGCAUUGACACAGCCUCUGUUCUGGCCUGCCAAUCCGUGAGCUUGGAGAGCAAGAUGGCACCUGCGCUUGCUGACGCGAAGAAGCAUCAGAAGCCGAAGGUUUCGGAUAAAGUCAGUUGGGGAGAUUUGGCAGAGAAGCGGCCAAACAGCUUGUUCGCGGCGCCCGGCGACUGUGGAAGGAAUGCUUUGAAUGCGGUGCACUGGAAACAUCACAAGUACUUCGAUGCUCUUACCCUGUCACUUCCUCGUUUGGCUACCGUGUGGCACCAAAUGCUGUCUCAGAAGGACGUCUUCAAGGUUGCCCUCCCAGAAAUAUCCUUGGGCAAGACACCUGGAAUCGUUUUUCAGCAUGCGGAGUCCAUGAUGGACGUGGUUCUCUGCGGGAAGGUCAUGAUGUACAAGAUUGGUUUUACGCACGAUCCUCCUACCAGGUUUACAGAGUUUGGCUUGGCCUUAGACGUUCCUAUCACCUACAUCGAUGUGGGCUGCAAGAAGCAAAAUAUGCCAAUGAUCAAGCCAUCUGACUUUUACUUGCACCUAGCGGAACUACAGAAGCUGGACAUUCUGUAUGGCUGUCAGGAUUCAACCGUGCUUACUGAGUUCUGGAGGCGUUUCGCUGUCAUUGAGCCAAUGAACAGCAUCAUCGAUUCGUUUCAUGCAGGUAUUCUUCCCCCGGAGCGCACUAUACCGAUGGUGAUUCACGGGGACGAGGGCAGAGCCCGGAAGCACCUUCCCAUAAUGAUUGUCAAUUCCCACGGUCUCAUUGGAAACGGCUGCAAGGCUUUGGAGGAAUGGCACAAGCAGUCACCUAUGCUUAAGGAGGCAAGCAUGGCUGUCAACUUAAAAGGCUCUUCUAUGGCUACACGUUUCCUGGCGUUUGCAAUGCCAAAGCAAGCUUAUGGCAAGGAUUCCGAGUACCUACACAAAAUGUUUGAUGAGCUUGUGGCGGAUUUGGUGAGCUUACAGAACAUCGGGAUUCUUGUUGCUGGACAGCGGUGGCAUCCCGUAGUCAUUGGCAUGGCGAAUUAUGCUUUUGAAGACUGUUCGGACGAUCCAGGCUGGUAUGCAACUCUUGGAAAGAUCUUCCUGGCGAGCUGCGUCGCAGAAUGGCUGCCAUUUGUUCCAGGAGACAAUGUGCCAGAGCGCUUCGCUUACCUUGACCGCCAUGCCAAGCAGUAUCUUCAACGACACAACAAGAAGCUAUACUGCAGUGGGGUCAACGAGGUGACGAUGGGAUUUGAGUCGUUGCAAAAGUGCCCACAGGGAUCGUGGCAAAAGGGCUCAGAUACCACUCUCUUGUUGGAGAUCUUUGAGGACUUUUGCGAUCAGCACAGCGAGCUGGCUGGCCAGCACGAAGUCUUGCGAUGGACGUAUACUGGAGUGGCGAACAUCAACAUGAGCAUGAGGACACUGUAUCGAGGCGGUCUCUGGUUGGAUCAGCAUCAUGCGCGAACAGCAUCGAUCUGCGGCCUCAACUUUCUUAAGGCCUAUGCACACCUUGUUGGCAUCACCGUCGCAUGCGGUCGAGAUAGAUUCCCCCUGGUGCCAAAACUGCAUUUUCUGCACCAUCUGUUUUUAUCCUUGAAAGAAUCUUCAUUUCGCCGCACCUGGUCGCUGAACAUGAUAGCGACCAGCGUUCAAAUGGAUGAGGAGCCUAGUCAACUCCUAGAACGAUUUCUCACAAAAGAAUUUAACAUCUACAGGGAUUUCGUUGGAAUCCAAGCGAGAACUUCGCGCAGAUGCGGAGCGCAGCAUACGGCCCUUCGAGUCACACAACGAUACCUGGUUUAUGCUGCAGAGAAGCUGACCCCAGAGUUUGCGGAGUGCCCGUGA